UAAAAGAAAGUAGAAAGGAAAAAAAGAAAGAAAGAAAGAAAUAAUUGCUUGAGAAUGCCAAAGCACAUGCGUAGUAGAUGAAGAUGAUCCCUUGAUCCGUGAGGGACUGGUAAUGAGAUAUUUUUGAGGUUGUCGAUAUGGAUCGAUGAAGUGGAAAAGUGGAGCAAGUUGUAGAAAAUGAAGGCCAUUUAUUCCCCAACAUUACAGCCAAAAUUGCCAAAUAACCUCCAUAUGGCUGCGUAAUGAGUCUAUCUACGACCCAAAAUGUCUGGUGGUAAAAAAGAAGAGCGAGAAGAGAAGCUUUUGCAGGCUUCAAGACGCGGCGAGUUGGAGACUGUGUUGAAUUUAUUAAAAAAGAAAUCAGAUGGCUCUGAUGUUGAUGUCAAUUGUAAAGGCAAGUCGAAAGCAAACAAUGGUUGGACGCCGGUAUUACUUGCUGCAUACUUUGGUCAUAAUGAAGUUGUAGAAGCCCUCAUAAAGGCAGGGGCAGAUAUAACAGUACGAAAUGGAAUGGGUAACACAGCCUUGCACUUAGCGUCAUUCACUGGCCGGACAUCUGUAGUUCUUCUCCUGUUACAAAAUAAUGCCGAUGUUACUGUAGUAAAUGGAGAGGGAAAAACGCCAAGUCAAGUAGCCAAUAAAGAUGAAGUGAGGCAGCUCAUCCAAGCCGCAGAAAAGAGUAUGAAAUUAGAUUUGGAAAAGCAACUUCUAACAGCUGCUAAAGAAGGAAAUACAGCUGAGUUAAAAAAGCUGGUUAGCUCACCUGAUCCUCCUGAUAUCAACUGCAAGGAUAUCUUGGGAAACACUCCUCUUCACUGUGCAGCAUAUAGUGGUCAUAAAGAAAUAGCGGUAAUGUUACUUCAGCAUGGAGCUAACACUUCUAUGAGGAAUAAGUCAGGUCAAACACCUUUAGAACUAACAAAAGACUUAAAGAUGAAGAAACUACUGGAUGUUCAGCCACUUCAGGUAGCAAAGAUUAACAAUUCCUUUCAAAAAUCACCGCUUUUGAAAAGAAAGGCUAUCCACAAGGUUGUUCCAAGGCAUGAAGGCAUGCUGAUGAGGAGGUCAAGAUUUCUUGGGUGGAAAAAAUACUGGGUUGUACUGGAGAGAGGAGUACUUUCAUACUAUCAUAAAAGGGCUGAUGCAGCUUCAGGACACAAGAGACAAGGAUACAAGUAUCUAGACCAUGCAAAGUUUUCUGUUCCAAGAAAAGAAAAGCACAAAAUCAAAAUAGAAUAUUCAGAUAAUACUCAGCAUAUAUGGAGCAUUGGAUCACAUGAGACAGCUCCAGAAGUACAGCGGCAGCGAUGGCUGAACUCCCUGCAUGAACACUGUGCUUACAGUACUCACUAUACUACUCAACCAACCUUGUUGUUUGAUGAAAAUGAUGAGGAUUUUGUACCACUUGGAAAUUUGCAAGAUUCAUUCAAGGAUGCCAAAGCUCACCAACAAGCUCUGGAGCAACAAGUAGCAUCAGCUACCAAUCUUAUUGGGACAUUUACUGAUAAUACACCUACUAAAUCCAGUAAAGCUACUCUAAAUCUUAUUCAAGUCAAAACCAAACUCGACGAGAUUGUUACAUCAUCUAAGGACAUGUGCAAUGUUCUCUCGCAUUGCUUGGAUCUACUCAUACAACAGGAAGAUGUAAGGAAUUUACAUAUGGAAGAAGAGGUAGAGAAGCGACGGGUCCUUGAGGAUGCCCUUCACGUGUUGGCAACAGAGCACCAUGCCCUAGAAUGCUCUAUAGGAAUCAACGAUAGAAUUUAUGGAAGCAAGAUAUCACUAGUUGACGAAAGUGAAGAAUUCUUUGACGCAGUGUCUGAACUUGCCUUCUCGUGUCCUGAUGAUUUCAAAUCAGACAGCGAUGAAGACGAUGGCGAUAUUUAUGUCCCAAGCGUGGCCAGCACCGACCAGUUUGAAAACCUGGCGGAACCUACUAUUGUCAUCAAAAGAAGCGAAUCUGGAGAGUUGGCGAACAAAAGAACAUCAUCAAUAUGUAAAUCAACUCUAACGAGAAGCAGCUCGGAUACCACGCUGCCCAAAAAGGGGUUCGACUUGCAAACAGAAAGUAUGCAGAAGUCGAAAUCGGAAUCAAGGGAUAUUGUAAAGAGAUCCGAGUCUGAAACUGACAUGGCGAGACGUUUACAGUACAAGCAUCGGACGCAUUUACCUAAUAACAUGCUGUCUAGAAAUGAGUUCAGUGUAUGGACGGUACUUAAACAUUGCAUAGGAAAGGAUCUUUCGAGAAUCACCAUGCCAGUUAUUUUCAACGAGCCGUUAACGUUUCUUCAAAGAAUAGCCGAGUACAUGGAGUAUGUUCAUUUGUUACACACGGCUGCAGCGUGUCAUGACCCAAUACAUCGACUACAGUAUGUGGUCGCUUUUGCUACGUCUGCAACCUCGUCUAAUUUAGAUCGAGUAGGAAAACCUUUUAACCCCCUUCUCGGAGAGACGUAUGAACUCGUAAGGGAAGACUUAGGAUUUAAACUCAUCGCUGAGCAGGUCAGCCAUCAUCCACCAAUCAGCGCCCUUCAAUGUGAGGGAGAGGAUUUCGUAUUUCACGUCACUGUUCAACCAAAACUCAAGUUUUGGGGCAAAGGCGUAGAGAUUCAACCAAAAGGAAUGGUCACUCUGAAAUUUCCAAAGUUAAAUGAAGUAUAUACGUGGAAUAAUGUCAAUAGUUGUGUACAUAACAUCAUUGUAGGGCAGUUGUGGAUAGAACAGUAUGGACAAAUCGAAGUAUCUAGUCUCUCGACGGGCGAUCGUGCAGUCAUUCAGUUUAAACCUGCUGGAUGGUUUGGUAAAGACCUGAAUAAGGUAGAAGGCACGAUAUAUUCAGCUGCUGAGAAAAAGAAGAAGUAUAUUAUAAGGGGUGAUUGGACAGACAAGUUGACCUGUUACCGCACGGAGACAACACUGAGUAGAAAAGCAAGCAAACGAGGAAAAACAUCAAUAGAUAAUUCUGCAGCAUUAGCAGAUUCUUUAAGUACGAGUAGUAGUGACUGUAGUCUAGAGCUCACUAGUCCUGUUGUCUUAUGGAAUUUUCAUAGUAAACCACCACAUUCUAAAGAGAUGUACAAUUUCACUAGUUAUGCCAUACAGCUGAAUGAACUUCUGCCUGGAGACGAUAAAAAGCUACCUCCAACAGACUCGCGAUUUAGACCUGACUGUCGUACACUAGAAAAUGGUGAUUUAGAUCGAGCGACUGCAGAGAAGAUUCGACUGGAGGAAAAGCAGCGAACAAAUAGAAAAGAAAGACAAAAGAAAAAUUUGGAGUGGAAACCACUGUGGUUCAAAGAAGAAAUCAACCCUUACACAGGGCAAACUGAUUGGUUAUACACCGGCAAAUAUUGGAACAAAGAUUUCUCUAGCUGUCCGGACAUUUUCUAGAAUUCAAUUAGCAAUUGUUUCAAUUAUCAUUAUUAUAAAAUCAUACCAGAUCAUAAAAUUAACACGCGCUGGCGAUGGGCGACUAUUGAUCAACUUGGAUCAUGGGCUUGCUGUGGUCCAGAACAACGAGAGAGACAGGGACUGAACCUCAUUCCCAGUCAUCACUUCUUCUUUACCACAGGAAAACCAAAUGGAAACUCGUAUCAGUGGGUAAAACGGUGCGAGUAGCAAUGAACAUACACUUCGCUUAAAUAAAACCGAAGCUUAAAUAUCUAUUUCAUUUUGGUAAAUAAUAAGCUUGAUGGACGCAUCCAUAUGAUUAAUAAGAAAAUUCUUAUAUUUGGCUUUGAGUAAUAAACUGCUAUUAUACAUUUAUA